AACUGAACAAGGCAACAUCUAUUUUAAAAACGAAAAAAUAUCGCGUCAACUCAGAGAAAACAUACGAACGAUCAAAUCUUAACCCAUUUCGGAAUCUUCGAAAAAUGAGAAGUUCAGAUUAUGUUACCAUUUAACAUAUUAAAAAUCUGCUGUCUCUUGGGUCUUAUAACUGUGAGUGGUGCAACAGAAUUUGUCUGUCCCAGAUUUUGCAAUUGUGAUGUAUACCUGAAAUUAAAUCGGGCCCAAUGUAGCGGAAAAAGGCUUAUAAGCGCCGAUGUGGAAUUAACUAAAUUUGUGCAAAUUUUGGACUUGAGUCACAAUGAAAUCACUGCCAUUGAUAAUGCUGUCUUUAAGAAAUAUAAUCACCUCCGUUAUCUGAACCUGUCCCAUAAUGCCAUACAAAAUCUGGAUCUGGAUAGUUUUUCACAUUUGAAACGUCUGGAAAUUUUAGAUCUCUCCUACAAUCGUCUUGAAUAUCUCGAUGAGCGACUGUUUGAAAGAAAUCGUCAUUUGGAAAAACUUAGUUUGGAGGGCAACAAAUUCAUGUCAAUUUCCAAUAAGCCUCUGCUGAAAAGUUCUUCUUUGAGAAUACUUAAUUUGAGAAAUUCACAAUUAAGUUACAUACCACCCACAUUGUUUGCAGAGCUGCCCAAUCUAACGGAAGUGGAUUUAUCUGAAAAUCUCCUGAACACCUGGCGCGUGGAGGAUUUUGCUACACUAAAACAUUUAUCUGAGGUGAAAUUGUCACAAAAUGUUUUCAAGUGUUCUGAGGAUAUACAAACCAAAAUCGAAAAAUUAAAAACUCAACACCCUGGCAUAAAUAUUGAGCUCAAGGAAUGUGUAACUACACCGAAAUCUCUCACUCUGGGCAGUGAAAAAUUCCAAAAAAUGGUAAUGUUAGAUCAGUCAGUAACCGAAUCGGAACCAAUAAAUAUUUUCAAACAAUGGCGUUUAAAUUUUGAAAGUGAAGAGGAAUUUGAGGAUGAUGAUGACGACGGUGAUGAUCUCAAUGGCCGUUUCGAUGAGGAUGAUGACACCACCACAGAUCUUGCCAAUAAUGAAUGGCUUCGCUUUGCUCCCGAUGCCGUUUUGUGUGAUAUCCAAAAGCCUAAACUAUGCCAUAGUUAUCGCCAAUGUUUGGUAAAUCUAAACACAGCUUGGCAUGAAAAACGCUCCAUGGAAUCAUUUGUCUCAAGCGAAUCAAAAUUUGCCUUCUUUUUGGGUGCAGCUUGUGGCAUAACUGUUGUGAUAUGUAUCCUAACCUGCUCUCUGUGUGUGAAAAAUUGCUGUGAAUCGAAACGAAAAGAUCGUUUAAGCCAAGUGGAACAUGCCGAAAACGAUGAUAACGACGAAGUGAAUACUCAACCGCUAGCACGUCAACAACUCCCGCCCCAUGUUAGGCGACAACCAAGACGACGCCCUGCCACCCAUCCUCCACAACGUGCACCGGUCAUACGCUAUGAAGGUCCUGUGGCCGAAAAUUUCUUAUCCCGUUUAUUUGGACGUCCGGCACGUCGCCAAUAUUAUCGAACCAUUAAUCAAAACACAGCCACCCUGAUUAGACGUUUAAGUCGCAGUAAUUUAUUUAACAAUCGCUUAAGUCAACAUUUUACCGAGAGACAAAAUUCAACGGAUGUCAACAAUGCGGAGGCGAACACUUACUCACCAUCGGCCCCUAGACCAGAAACACCACCACCAUGUUAUGGUGAUGUGGUGCGGGUCAGUGAUUGUGAGGAAGGACGAAAGUAGGCAAAUUGAAUGAUGUAAAUGAAAAUGGAUAAAAACGAAAGUUUAUUGAAAAACUAAAACUGAAAUAAAAUUUCAAACAAUUAUCAAUAUGUAUUACAAUAAAAAUACUAACAUACGACGUUAAAUAAUUACACUGUACAACACAAAAAGACUGCGUCGAGAAUUAUGAAAGUAGAGUUAAAAAAGAGACACGUGUAUCGUCCUUUUGAAGGAGAGCAUCACAAAUUCCCCCCUUUUUGGAAAAUUUCGGACCAAGAUUCUUCGAAA